UUUCCGAAAUUAUAAAUACUUUCUUUUCUUUUCUUUUCUUUUUUUUUUAUUUCUUUAUUUUAUCUUCUUCUCAUAAAAAUGGCAGCUGUAUCAACGUCAAAAAUAUUCAAAGACGAUAUUUUCAAAGACAAAGUGCUUUUAUGUACUGGAGGAGGAAGUGGGAUUUGUAAAGGAUUAACAGAAGCUGUUGUUCGACAUGGUGCGAAGGCGGUUAUUGUUAGUAGAAAUAAAGACAAACUUGAAAAGGCAGCACAAGAAAUGCGUAAUUCCACUGGUGGUGAUAUUUUUGCAGUAUCUGGUGAUGUACGAAAACCACAAGAUAUGGAAAAUGCUGUCAAAACAACUAUUGAAAAAUUUGGACGUUUGGAUUACUUGAUCAAUGGUGCGGCUGGUAAUUUCCUUUCACCCAUGCAACACUUAUCUUACAAUGCAUUCCGUACCGUCAUUGAAAUUGAUCUACUCGGCACAUUCAACACCACAAAGGCAGCUAUGGAAUAUAUCAAGCAAACAAAAGGGGCCAUUUUGAAUAUCUCUGCUACACUGUACUAUACUGGAACUCCUUAUCAACAACAUGCUGGAUCCGCAAAGGCUGCUAUUGAUGCUUUGACAAAACAUUGGGCUGUCGAAUUAGGUCCUCAUGGUGUUCGUGUGAAUGGUAUUGCUCCUGGACCAAUUGGUGGAACGGAAGGUAUGGAUAAGCUAGGUGUUGGUUUUGAAGAAGAAACUGUUCCAAUGGGUCGAAUUGGUGAUGUCAAGGAUAUUGAACAAUCAACUGUAUUUUUGCUUUCUGAAGGUGCAAGUUAUAUCAAUGGCGUUACUCUUGUUGUAGAUGGGGGUCACUGGAUGAAUCCCAAUUACGUUGCUUAUCCAGCCAUGGUACAUAAUCCUAUCAACUUCAAGGGCAUGCUUUAGAUUUGUAGUAUAUUUUUUCUUAUUGUUUUGUACUUUAUUAUUAUUAUUAUUUAUAUUGGUGAUCCGAUGAAAA